CGUCAUGGCUCAAGCCGAAGUCCAGGAAAUUACCUGCAAGUCCCUGCUGAACCGGGUGGAUAUUCCGGGCUACCCCUUCCGGUGGACUUUGAACCCCUACCGCGGGUGCCGCCAUGCCUGCCGUUACUGCUAUGCCCGUCCCACCCACGAGUUCUGGGGGAUGAACGCCGGUAACGACUUUGACCAGCGGGUGUUCGCCAAGGUCAAUGCCCCGGAAGUGCUGAGGGACGAACUGCGCAAGCCUCGCUGGAAGGGCGAACCGGUAGCCAUCGGCACGGCUUCCGACCCUUACGAGCCUGCCGAGGGCCAGUACCGGCUAACCCGACAGAUUAUCCAGGUCUUGGCCGAGUUCCGUAAUCCUGCCUCAAUAACCACCAAAGGAGUACUGGUGCGGCGGGACGUGGACGUGCUGCAAGAGUUGUACUACGCCUCCGACGCCCAGGUGAUUUUCAGCGUGGGCAGCGUGGACGAAACGGUGUGGAAGCGGACCGAGCCGGGCACUCCCAAUCCCCUGGCACGGCUGGAGGCAAUGCAGUUCCUGGUGGAGAACGGGAUUCCGGCAGGCGUUAUGAUGGCCCCCCUGCUGCCCGGUAUUUCCGACAGCUCCGAGCAUAUAAACGCCACGGUUCAGGCUGCGGUCCAGCACCACGCCCAGUUCCUGUCGGCGAACCUGCUGUUCCUGAAGCCCGGUUCCAAGGAAUGGUUCAUGCCCAUGUUGCAGGAGUCCUACCCGCACCUGACGCCCGGGUACCAGCGGCUCUACCGCAACACCUACGCGGAAAAGGACUACACCGAGUCGGUGCUGGGCCUGGUUGAUGAGGCCCGCCGCCGUUUCCGACUGCCCUCCGUUACCCCACCCAGGGAGCUGAACGCGCCGCGCCAGUACCAGCAACUGGCCUUGAUUGCGUAA